AUGUCGUUCCUUAGUAGCCCCUCGACCAACCACAUGAUAACCAACUUAACCAAAAGGACAAAUGAAUUUCAAUCCAAAAUAGAUAGCAUACUUAACAAAAUAAGCACGGAAAGCUUGCCCUUCCAGAAGAAGUCCUUCAUUUGCUGCGUGAACUGCUUCGACACAUACAACACGGAUUUUGAGACCAUCGGCAAGUGCGUGAACAACUGCCAGAAAGGGACGGAGCAUUUUGUGCAGGUCGUCCAAAAUGAGAUGCAGAACUUGCAGAACAAUUUACAGUCAUGUCAGCAGUCCUGCUUCUACAAGUACUCCCCCAAUUAUGCCAAAAGCAACGCAAACAUAGACGGUCCAACCAUCGAAAAAGAAAUGGAAGGGUGCGUGGUCAAGUGUUUCGACAAGCAUGAACCCAUGCUGCCGGAAAUAUCCGACCGCCUGCACAAGACGCUAAAGGAAGAGAUGAAAUGA